AUGCCAGCAGGUGAGAAUGCUUACCAGCAAUACAUAGUUUGUCCAUUCAACCAAACUGACCAAAGAGGGCAUCUGUGGCGUUAUGGUUACAACAGCAAAGACAUACUGCAUGUUGACUUAACGAGUAAGACUGUGGUUGCUAAAAGCAAGGCUGGUAAGUUUUUAGCAGAGGAGAGAAAAGAAGAGCUCACUGGAUACAUCAAAUCCAAACAGAUGAAGCUGGAUAAAAUAUGUUCUGCAGUGCGGACUGUAUUUGCACUAUCCAAUAACUCCCUGUCCAGAGCAGCUAAACCAACAGUGCAAGUGUCUUUGAAGGGACCACCUGGACAUGAGUUUCUGAGUUGCUUAGUGCGUGGCUUCCAUCCUGAUGUUAUCCGCGUGCAAUGGAGUCAGCACGGGACAACCCUUUACUAUGGUACAUCAACAACUGGUCUACUCCCUCAUAUGGAUGGCACGUUUCAGAUGACCAGUUUUCUUAGUCUCGCGAACAGGACAUUCAGUGGUAUUUCCUGUGAGAUUGAACACAUAAGCCUGAAUGGGAAAAUGAAAGUAGCUUGGGUUUUACUGAAAAAACUGAAAAAACGGAAAAAGGCGUUAUCUGUAGAGAGGAGUUCAAGUGAAGAGUCAGAGAUGCCGUCUCUUUUGAACUUACCAGGAGAGGAGUAA